GUCUCGGCUGCUUGCCGCUGUCGCUCCGGGGCUGCGGGAUGACGCCUCCUCCUCCCGGACGUGCCGCCCCCAGCGCACCGCGCGCCCGCGUCCUCAGCCCGCCGGCUCGGUUCGGGCUCCCGCUGCGGCUGCUACUGCUGCUGCUGUUCUGGGUGGCCGCCGCCUCCGCCCAAGGCCACUCGAGGAGCGGACCCCGCAUCUCCGCCGUCUGGAAAGGGCAGGACCAUGUGGACUUCGGCCAGCCUGAGCCACACACCGUGCUUUUCCAUGAGCCGGGCAGCCCCUCUGUGUGGGUGGGUGGACGUGGCAAGGUCUACCUCUUCAACUUCCCCGAGGGCAAGAAUGCCUCUGUGCGCACGGUGAACAUUGGCUCCACAAAGGGGUCCUGCCAGGACAAACAGGACUGUGAGAACUAUAUCACUCUUCUAGAGAGACGGGGUAACAGACUGUUGGUUUGUGGCACCAAUGCCCGGAAGCCCAGCUGCUGGAACUUGGUGAAUGACAGUGUGGUGAUGUCACUUGGUGAGAUGAAAGGCUAUGCCCCCUUCAGCCCGGAUGAGAACUCCCUGGUUCUGUUUGAAGGGGAUGAAGUGUACUCUACCAUUCGGAAGCAGGAAUACAACGGGAAGAUCCCUCGGUUCCGCCGCAUCCGGGGCGAGAGUGAGCUGUAUACAAGUGAUACUGUCAUGCAAAACCCACAGUUCAUCAAGGCCACCAUUGUACACCAAGACCAAGCCUAUGAUGACAAGAUCUACUACUUCUUCCGGGAGGACAAUCCUGACAAGAACCCAGAGGCUCCUCUCAAUGUGUCCCGAGUGGCCCAAUUGUGCAGGGGGGACCAGGGUGGUGAGAGUUCAUUGUCUGUCUCCAAGUGGAACACCUUCCUGAAAGCCAUGCUGGUGUGUAGUGACGCAGCCACCAACAGGAACUUCAAUCGGCUGCAGGAUGUCUUCCUGCUCCCUGACCCUAGUGGUCAAUGGAGAGACACCAGGGUCUAUGGUGUUUUCUCCAACCCCUGGAACUACUCAGCUGUUUGUGUAUAUUCGCUUGGUGACAUUGACAGAGUCUUCCGUACCUCUUCCCUCAAGGGCUAUCACAUGGGCCUUCCCAACCCUCGACCUGGCAUGUGCCUCCCAAAAAAGCAACCCAUACCCACAGAAACCUUCCAGGUGGCCGAUAGUCACCCAGAGGUAUCACAGAGGGUGGAGCCCAUGGGGCCACUGAAGACACCAUUGUUCCACUCUAAAUACCAUUACCAGAAAGUGGUCGUCCAUCGCAUGCAAGCCAGCAAUGGAAAUACCUUUCAUAUCCUUUACCUAACCACAGACAGGGGCACCAUUCAUAAAGUGGUGGAAUCCGGGGACCAGGAACACAGCUUUGUCUUCAACAUCAUGGAGAUCCAGCCCUUCCAUCGUGCAGCUGCCAUCCAGGCCAUAUCAUUGGAUGCUGACCGGCGGAAGCUGUAUGUGAGCUCCCAGUGGGAAGUGAGCCAGGUACCCCUGGACAUGUGUGAGGUCUACAGCGGGGGCUGCCAUGGCUGCCUCAUGUCCAGAGAUCCCUACUGCGGCUGGGACCAGGACCACUGCGUGUCUAUAUACAGUUCCCAACGGUCAGUUCUGCAGUCUAUUAACCCAGAUGAGCCACACAAAGAGUGCCCCAACCCUAAACCAGAUGGUGCUCCACUGCAGAAAGUUUCCCUGGCCCGAAACUCUCGAUACUACCUGACCUGCCCCAUGGAGUCCCGCCAUGCCACCUACUUAUGGCGCCACGAGGAGAAUGUGGAACAGAGCUGUGAGCCAGGACAUCAAAGUCCUAGCUGCAUCCUUUUCAUUGAGAACCUCACAGCCCGUCAGUAUGGCCACUACCGCUGCGAGGCCCAAGAGGGCUCCUACCUCCGUGAGGCCCAGCACUGGGAGCUGCUGCCUGAGGACAGAGCCCUUGCUGAACAGCUAAUGGGUCGUGCUAGAGCCAUGGCGGCCUCCUUCUGGCUGGGAAUCCUGCCCACACUCAUACUUGGUCUGCUGGUUCACUAGGGCUUCUAGGAGCUUGGUGUACCCCAGGCUUCUGUAGCCCAGAAGUACUAGAAAAAUGUCACACUCACAGCCGGCUGGCCCGGGGGCUCCUUGUCCAUUGAUUCUUCCAGGGGUACUAAACAAUCCAGAGGGGGACAAAGGGCCUGGAGAUGUCCAGCCGCAGGCGGCUGCGGGGGCCCAGAUGGGGUGGGGGCAGUGAGGGACUGCAGAAUGAAGGCACCGACUGUGAAGCUGGGCCAUCAGUGACCCAAGACUUUAUCUCCUCCAGAAUAUUUUUCGAAAUCUCCUCACACUUGACUUCAGGCAGUGAUGCAUCUGGCCUGAGAGCUCAACAGCCUGGCAGUGGGCUUUGGGAAGGAAGCUGGGACCCCAUCUCUGGACCUUGGGGCUGAGGCACGAGUCCUUUGGGACCGCUGUGCCCACCUGCUUCCCUCCCUGCCCCACUGCUGGGUAGCCAAUGUUCCUGCACACCCAGGCUGCUCCUCUGCACCUCCCUCACAGCCUGGGUCCCACCGGACAGCGCCUUGCAUGUUUAUUGAAGGAUGUUUGCUUUCCGGACGGAAGGACGGAAAAAGCUCUA